AUGAAGGCAAUAAGGUCAUUUUUUACAAAAACACCAGCAGCGACGUCCCGGUCUGAGGACCCUGACUCACCGUUCAUACGCCCGCCAACUGUUUCCUGGAUAUUACAACAUCGCGCCGAGCUGCAAAACCAAAAGCCAUCGACAAGAGGCAGGACGCCCUUGGCAUCACUCUAUCGCAUUUGCGAGUACUUUGUGGUUGGCGACACCGCCGGAAUACGGGCUGAAGUCGAGUUCUUCUUCAAUCAGCCGUCGUGGGCACUCAACAAGAUUCCUGACCCAGAGGACCCCGAUCCUGAACGGUAUGCUGUAUUGGCUGUGCUCCCAUACUACAUGGCCCAAGCAUUCAAACGGCUCAUCGAACGAGGACUUCCAAGGGACAGUCCAGCAAUAAUUAUGGGUGACGCUGCGGAGGCAGAGCUGAGAAGCAAGGCGGUGGUGCUUGAGAAGGAGCCGGAAUGGGUUUCGCAUGUACCAAAGCUGAAGAAGACGUUAAUGAUCCCUGAUUGCGACGGCAACGCGCCUGCGGAGGAUGCGAGGAGUGACAAAUUUAUGGAUAUGAAUAUCAUCGCAGAAGCACCGUACAUUCUGUUCGUCUAA